AUGCCACCAAAAAAGGAAAAACUCGCAGAACUGGAUCCUGAACUAAUUUUGAAAAAGAAAUUUCAAGCAAAGUGCUUGUUUCGACGUAUAGUGAGACUAGCAUUGGCAAACUCCUAUUGGCUUAAUGAGUCCGAACGUUAUGAAGGUGUUGAUGACGUGAAAAAACGGGUAGCUCAAGCCAUGCGCAAAAAAAAGCAAACCCAAAAGACUUUGUUAACUUUAGCAGACAAAGGUCUUUUGAAUAAACCUGCUCACGAUAGAACUGAUCAGGAAAAAAAAUACAUUUAUCGUAUUAUAGGCGGACUCAAAUGUUUCAAACGAUACCCUCAUAACGUGAAAAAGAAAUUAGCAGCUGUAACAUACUUUAAAUACUACGGGCCAGGUCGUGUGAUAGUCCGUGAACACCAAAGCGGGCAUGCGAUGUAUUUCAUAUUGUCUGGUAAAGUGUCCGUCACACAUCUUGUCUACGAUGGAUUGUUGAAUAUUGAAGUCCCUGUUGAAAUUGGAGACAUGCACGCAGGGGAUAUGUUUGGCGAAGUGUCUUUGUUACAUAAUAUACCUAGGACAGCAACUUGUACUACAGCAGAUCAUUGCGAGCUACUUGUGUUGAUGAAAGAUGAUUUUAAGAAUAUUCUUCAAGCAACCAUACAAGCCUCGUGGGAUAUUGUGCGCACUGCUAUGUCCUUCUUCAGUUACUUCGAUGGUCUAGAUGAGGUGUCUCGACGGGAAGGUUGUAUAAUAGCAAGAAUGAAAUCAUAUGAUGCAGAUGAAGUUAUAUUCGGAGACAACGCCGGAGUCCGUAAUUUUGUCUACUUCGUGUUAUCUGGUUGUUGUCAAAUGAUUGAGACCAUGAAAAUUAUUGAAACCAAACGUUUAGGACGCACUUACUAUACACUUUAUGAUCCAUAUGUUGCGGAAGAAGAAAGUGAUAAUAAAUUGGAUGAGAAGUACUUUGGACUUCUAGCUAGGGAUAGUACGGAAACUCUACCGCUAUCUCUGGCAGAAUCAUCAACAACAGUGGCAUUCAAAGCUCUAGACGAUAUACAUCAAAUGGAGGAAAUGACGACAGAUGAACAAAUCAGUGAUGUGGCUGAUGGAAUACGCGACGAAUCCAAAUCUCUACGUUCAGCUGGUCCCUCUAGCCAAGGAAUAAAAGAAGGCCAAGAAUCAAUUAUGCGUGUUAAAAGUGAAAUUAAACCAACCAUACUUUAUGAACGUGGUCAAGAGCACCAUCGUGAAUCUGUAAGGUUUAGUAUGGAUCAAGUCAUGCAAGGACCAUCAGGACAACCGCCGAACAUGAGAACUUAUUUUAUGCAGGUUUGUCUAUUUAAUCCUGGAUCGACAUUUGGUUUCGGUGAAAAUAUGCGAGAUCGACGUAUCGUGGCUUUAACCCCUGUGGAAUGCAUGUUGAUGCCAAAAAUAUGGCUUUUACAACGCAACACUGCCAAUAUUUGGACACGUAUUCGUCACUACCUGGAAAAAAAGAUUCCUACAAAGAAACAAUUGUUCAAAGUAUUUGAGGUUGAACGGCAUUGGGUGGAGUUCCGUGAGCAGCUGGUGAAUGACGUCGUUUCUCGCUGCAACACUGUGAAUUCAACAACAGUGCACGACGUUCCGUAUUCUAUACGCAUGGAAGAAAUGUUAGACCUAUAA